CCUGGUUUUGUUUUCUGGUUUACCACACAGUCCCCUCUAUAGCAAUAACGCAGAGAGAAAGGUUUUGUUGAACAACCAACAAUGGCGUCCAUUAAGCAAUCCAAAUCAAAACCAAAAAAGAAGACACUGAAGGAAGUCAAAACCCUAGGGCAGCAAUUACUCUCAUCAACAGCUCACAUAAACAACCUCCCUCUCCUCCUCACUUUCAUAUCCCCAAACUACCCUCCUCAGCUCGUCCUCGAGUCUCUCCUCUCUCUCCAAUCCUUCUACACUCCGCUCCUCCCUUCCCUCCCGCCUUCUUCCAAGCCUAAAACGACGUCGCACGGUGGUGAUAAUGAGGCUGAUGUUAUUUACAAAACGUGGCUACGGUCUAAGUUUGACGAGCUCAUUAAGUCGCUUCUGGAUCUUUUGUUGUUCGCUGAGCUGGAUGAGACUUUGAAAGAAGUUGUUUUGGAUUCGGUUAUGGAGUUUGUGAAGCUCGGAAAUGGAGGGCGAUUUAAUUCCGCUAUUUAUCACCGAUUACUGCAUAAUUUAGUUCACUCUUCUGCACCGGUUGAUUUUUUGGUACAGUUGCUUGAAUCUAAGUAUUUCAAGUACAUUGAUAUCCGCUAUUUCAGCUACAUUAGCCUUGAAAAAAUUGCAAAAACUUUGGAUGGAAAAGACAUCACUGAAGAGAAAAAGAACUCCAAUGGAGAUGAUGCAAAUCAUUUAAGGGCAAGCACGGAUCAAUGUAUUCACAAGAUACAGCAAAUUUUAUCAUGCAUCCCCGCACUAGAUGACCCAAAAGAGAAUUCUGUUUAUGAGAUGUGGAGCAGCUCAGGAUUCUCAUCAGAAAAAGGGGAGUCUGGAGAUGUCUCUGAGCUUCCAAAAGUGCAAGACAAGCAUCAUAAGAAUGGUUUAUCUGCUGUCAAGAUCAGCAAAAAGAUGAAAGUAAAGUUCACUAAGGCAUGGAUUUCAUUUCUUAGGCUACCACUUCCGGUUGAUGUCUACAAAGAGGUUCUCAUUUCCCUCCAUCAGGCUGUCAUUCCUUACAUCUCUAAUCCAUUAAUAUUAUGUGACUUCUUAACCAGAUCAUAUGACAUUGGCGGUGUUGUUAGUGUUAUGGCCCUGAGCAGCCUCUUCAUUCUCAUGACUCAGCAUGGCUUAGAGUAUCCCAACUUCUAUGAAAAAUUAUAUGCUCUGUUGGCACCUUCUGUCUUUUUGGCUAAACACAGGGCAAAAUUUUUUCAGCUUCUUGACUCCUGUUUAAAGUCACCACUUCUUCCUGCCUAUUUGGCUGCUGCUUUUGCUAAGAAAUUGAGCAGGCUUGCACUUGUAGUACCUCCUUCAGGAGGAGUGGUUAUUAUUGCAUUGAUUCACAAUCUUCUAAGGAGGCAUCCAUCUAUCAACUGUUUGGUGCAUCGGGAAGAUGAAACUUCAACUGAUAAUUCUGAAGUAAAAGAGGAGACUGAUGAAGGUGCAAACAGUUCUAGAAAUGGGAGUCAUGCUUCUUCCAGGAAAACUGGCAUUGACCAUUUUAACAAUGAGGAAAGCAACCCUAUAAAGUCUAGUGCAUUGAGAAGCUCUUUGUGGGAAAUCGAUACCCUUCGUCACCACUACUGUCCACCUGUUUCGAGGUUUGUUGUAUCGUUGGAGAAUGACUUGACAGUCCGAGCCAAGACCACUGAACUUAACAUUAAUGAUUUUAGUUCUAGUUCGUAUGCAACCAUUUUCGGAGAGGAGCUUAGAAGAAGAGUAAAACAGGUCCCAUUGGCAUUUUUUAAAGCAACUCCGACCUCUUUGUUCUCUGAGUCUGAUUUCGUUGGCUGGACAUUCAAAUAUGAAGAAACCAAACAUAAUGACGCUGAAAAUGGUGUCUUGAACAAAUCUGAAGAAAAUGAUAGCUGCCCUGCCAAACGACAACGGGUAGAGUGCUCCUAAAUCUCUGUUUACAUUUUUUGAAUCCCAAGACCAAGUAAAUUAAUCAUGGACCCAUUAUAGCUCGUUUCCUUCUCCCUUUCCUGUUUAUUUUACUAUGUUGAUGUUCAAAUUGAUCAUAGCGGUCAAUGUUUGAGCUUACUGUCACAUGAAACUGUUAGCGCUAGGUUUCGUAGUAUUUAUGCACUGUUGAUGGAAUUAAGCAAGUUUUGGAACGUCUGUUUUA